AGCAGGCCUAAAUUCUCAGCUACCAUGUACGACAUCCCCACAGCGCAGUGCGAUGAGCCCCUGUAAACCGUGUAAAAGGCCCCUGGACACGGCGGGUGCAGGGUGCUGAAGCCACUAACGUAACCCCACCGUCCAAGGCUGUCAGGGCUGUCAGUCAGAAAGAUCCCAGCCUCGCUCGCAUUCAUCAACAUCCGACGUCGUUCCCAACUUCAGUCCACGCAAUUGUUCCCCUGCGCCGCCCAAGACAUUGCAAAGCCGCCCUAACGCCAUUAGGAGCCUCUUAUAUCACACUCGUCCUCCGUCCUCCGUCCUCCGUCCACCUUCAACCUCCGCGCCCACCAUGUCCAGCAAGUCGCGGUGGGCAGACACCGAAGAAGACGCCCGCAUCGACGCCAAACUCAAACGAGAGAAGGAAGAGAAGCGGCGCAAGAAGGCCGAGAAGGCCCAGAAGCUCGAGGCUGAGAAGCUGUCUCAGGAGCAAGCCGCAGCGCAGAACCAAGCCAACUCCCUUGGCGUCGACGACGAUGGCCGGCCUUCGAAGCGACGCAGGCUCACGCCCGAACCCGGCGCAUCGACAUCCAAGCCCGACGACGCCCCGCCGGCGAAGCUACUGCGGUUCCAGGGCGGCAGCUGGGCCAAGUCCAGGAGCGUGGAGAACUACGACAAGCUCAACGACAUCGAGGAGGGCACCUACGGCUGGGUGGCGCGCGCGACGGAGCGAGCGACCGGCCGCAUCGUCGCAUUGAAGCGGCUGAAGCUGGACCCCGCGGACCGUGGCGGGUUGCCCGUCACUGGGCUCCGCGAGAUUCAAAUCCUCAAGGACUGUAUGCACCGGAAUAUCGUGGCCAUGGAGGAGGUUGUCGUGGGGGACGACGUUUCACGACCGGACAACUCUCUCUUCCUCGUCCUCGAGUUCGUAGAACACGAUCUCAGGAGCGUCCUUGAGGAUAUGCCCGAGCCAUUCCUCUCCUCCGAGGUGAAGCGACUGCUUCUCCAGCUGACGUCAGGCAUCGCCUACCUUCACGACAACUGGAUCCUCCACCGCGACCUCAAGACAUCCAACCUGCUCCUCAACAACCGCGGCCAGCUCAAGAUUGCCGACUUUGGCAUGGCCCGGUACGUUGGCGACCCGCCGCCCAAGCUGACGCAACUCGUCGUCACGCUGUGGUACCGCAGCCCGGAGCUGCUCCUCGGCGCAAAGACGUACGACGGCGCCGUCGACAUGUGGAGCGUCGGCUGCAUCUUCGGCGAGCUGCUCACCCGCGAACCCCUCCUGCAGGGCAAGAAUGAGGUCGACCAGCUCUCCAAGAUCUUCGAGCUCUGCGGCGUGCCCUCGGACGAAUCGUGGCCGGGCUUCCGCCGCCUGCCCAACGCCCGAUCCCUCCGUCUCCCGAAGACGGCCGCCUCCGUGGGCUCCGUCGUCCGCGCCCGCUUCCCCAACCUGACGACCGCCGGCUCCGGCCUGCUGAGCGAUCUGCUCGCCCUGGAUCCUUCGCGGCGGCCGACGGCCCGUGACAUGCUCCAGCACGAGUACUUCCGCCAGGACCCCAAGCCCAAACCCGAGAGCAUGUUCCCGACGUUCCCUAGCAAGGCCGGCCAGGAGAGGCGGCGCCGGCAUGAACCCCAUGCUCCUGCCCGAGGAGGCCAGGCCGCUUCACUCGGGGACGCCGACUUGAGCGGCAUCUUUCAAAACCGGGACAGGGAGGAGAGGGGAGCAGGAUUCACCCUGCGCAUGGUCUGAAAUGAUUGUUGAGAGCACAAGAUCUUACAUGCAUCUACGGAAAAUAUACCCCGACUACUAGACUUAACUUGGCUUACAGAUUGUAUGUAGACGAUCCAAUGGGUGAUACACACGGCGUUAGUUGAUUGCAUAUCAAAACGAGGCGAUAUAGCUUAGGACAGGGGCUCGCGUGAGCCCACAAAGCAACGAGAUUAAGAUG